GGAUCCCGCUUCAGUCCCUGCCUCGCGUGCUGACGUCACACCAGGACCGGUUUGGUCCCCGUGACCCGCACACCAAGCUUCUCUGGGGCAGUUCCGGAGGGCGCGGGGCUGCAAGGGGGUCAGCAGGCUUUUUUCUGCUCACCUUGCUGAGAAGUUCCAGAACAAGGCAGAAUUAAGCCUCACGGUCUCUCAGUCCAGUCUCCAUCUUCUGGGAGCCCUGAGCAGGUACUCUCUAAGCCUGAGGGAAGGUUCCACAAGAGACGGUGGCUGUCCCCUGGGAGAUCCAUGGCCCGGAAAAGGAAAUCAAAGGAGUGGCCAGUAGCCAAACACACGGCAUGGUGCAGUGCAAACCACCCCAGGAGUUCAGCUUUGGGCCUCGGGCUCUGAAGGAUGCUCUGAUCUCCAGCGACCUGGCCCUGAAGCAGCUGUAUACCUCAGCCUUCUCCCCGUCGGAGAGGCUCUUCCUGUCUGAGGCCUACAACCCUCAUCGGACGCUCUUCAGCACCCUGCUCAUUCACUCAGCCUAUGACUGGCUCCUGAGCCGCCCAGAAGCCCCCGAGGAUUUCGAGACCUUCCAUGCUUCUCUGCAGCUCCGGAAGCAGAGCCUGGCCCGGAAACACAUUUACCUGCAGCCCAUAGAUCUGAGUGAGGGGCUGGCGGGAUGCCCCCUGCUGGACCACCUUCGGAGCUGCGCCGAGGCUUUCUUCUUGGGCCUUCGCGUUAAGUGCCUGCCCUCAGUGGCUGCCACCUCCAUCAACUGCUGCUCAAGACCCAGUCGGGAUACUAAUGGGCUCCAGCUACACACAGAUGGCAUCUUGUCCUUCUUGAAGAACAACAAGCCAGGAGAUGCCUUGUGCGUGUUGGGCCUUACGCUGGCCGACCUGUACCCCCAUGAUGCCUGGACCUUCACCUUUGGCAGAUUUCUUCCGGGGCACGAAGUGGGUGUGUGUAGCUUCGCUCGCUUCUCUGGAGAGUUCCUGCAGGCUGGGUCCAGUGUUCCUGACCCAGCUUUGUUGGAGGCAGCAGCAGCAGCAGGUGGCCCCGAGACACUGCCUCGUGAGGGAGGACGGACCCUGUGCUUCAGCGCCCUGGGCAUGGUUCAGUGCUGCAAGGUCACCUGCCAUGAGCUCUGCCACCUCCUGGGCCUGGGGAGCUGUCGCUGGCUCCGCUGCCUCUUGCAGGGGGCGCUUAGCCUGGAUGAGGUGAUCCGGCGGCCCCUGGACCUCUGUCCCAUCUGCUUGAGGAAGUUGCAUCACCUCCUGGGCUUUAGGCUCCUGGAGAGGUACAAGAGACUCCAUGCUUGGACUCGGGUGAUGGUGGAGAUAUGGUCUGGUCAAGAGGCUGGGGAGCCAUCUGUGUCAGAGGACACCUUGCCCUUCAGUGCUGACUCAGGCAUGGGCUGCGAGAGUGACACGGAGCCUGUCACCAGCCCGUCAGAGCCUGUCACCCCUGAUGCAUGGAGUCGUACCUUCCCUGACGGACCUGAACCAGUGUCUGAGGACGCACUGAGCUCUCCUGUGGCCUCAGAAGUGUUGCUGAACCUCGGGGGGCCUGUGGACGCUGUGGAGGAGUACGGACAGUGGCUGACUGCGUGCGUCCAGACCCUGGGGCGGGAGGAAGCUGAAGAGGAGUUGCUCCAGGUGGAUGCGACCGUGGAUGCCCUGAGCCGCUGGGAGAUGUUCACAGGGCAGCUCCCGGUGACCAAGCAGCACGUGCCCUGUGGCAAGGAUAAUGUGGGACUGCGCAGGGUCCUGGGAGACAAGUUCUCUUCCCUGAGGCGACGGCUGAGCUCUCGCCGAUUUGCCAAGGCCAGUUCUUCCCACUGCCGCUGGGGGGCGGAGAAUUAACCCAGCAAGAUGGACCAGUCAAUGCCGAGAAGUCAGUUUCUGGCAUUAUUUUUUUCCCCCGCUGAGGAUACUUACCAACCAGGGUGCCCAGUGACUGAGGGUCCUCUGGUACCUGCAGGGUUAAAACAAAGGUUCCCAGAAGCUAAAGAAAUGCUCUUUGGGUGCUUGCCCACAGGGUUGUGGCUCCCAUGUUGUGUGGCCUGCAGCCGAAGCUGAGAGGCAGGAGGUAGCUACAGGUGCAGCCACCCUGCGGCAUGGGCUAUGUGGCUGUGUAUGUAUGUUUCUAUCUCUGUGUGUCUGUGCACGUGAGUGCAGUUGCCCAUAGAGGCCAGAAGAGGGCAUCACAUGCUAUUACAGGAAGUUGUAAGCCACCAUAUGUGGUUGUUUGCAAUUCAGUUCAGGUCCUCUGCAAGUGCAGCCCACACCUUUAAUGUCUGAGCCAUCUCUCCGGCACCACCAUUUGAUUUUGACCUGUGUUGCUAACAGAGGGUUCUUUUCCAUGGCUAGAAUGCCUUUCUGCUCACCAGGGCUGGCACAGGUGUCACUGAGAAGCACCUGAAGACAUUUGUGCCCUGUGAAGCUGGCAGAAGCGGGGGUGAUGGGGCUGGCCGUGGAAGGCAGAGGCCACUUCUCCAACCCUGGGGCUGCUGCUGCCACCAGUUAGGCCGGUGUGGUGGUUGGAACUCAGCUCUUUUGUCUCUGCUGACAUUUUUCCUGUCUCUGGCUAUAUAAACUUCUGACAUAGGAUGUUAAAAUUAUACAUCCACA